GAGCAAAUGAACCAAUAAGCUGCUGGUGUGUUAUAAGCUCUGGUUUGAGAUCCUCUGCGGUGAUUGGAUUUCUAGUAUGCAGAGAUAAAGAAGUCUAUAGAUGUCAACUUGGUGAAUCAAGACCUUUACUUCUGCGUCCAGAAUUUAAUAAUCCAUACACUCAGGUGAUUACAAUGGUGCCGUCACAAAAUGGUCGACAUGUCGCUUUGUUCACUGAUUCAGGAAUUUUAUGGAUUGGCUCGUCUGAUCUUAAGAAUAAAUAUUGUGAAAUUGAUACUGGGUACAUUAAACAACCUAAAGAAUUAGUUUGGUGCGGAUCUCAAGCAAUAAUAGGGCAUUGGGAUGAUACUAUGUGUAUUUAUGGCUUUAAUGGAACUGUCAUAACCUAUCCAUAUGAUGGUCCGUUUCAUAUAAUUCCAGAAAUAGACUGUGUGAGAAUUAUAUCGGAAAUGACGCAUGAACUAUUACAAAAAGUUCCCGUGGAAGUUGAGAAAAUAUUUAGAAUUAAUAGUACUGCCCCUGGAUCAUAUUUGGUUGAAGCUUCUAAGCAAUUUCAGAAACGUAGUCACAGAGCAGAUGAAUAUAUUCGCUUGGUCAAACCGGAUUUAGCCGCGGCAGUACAGAACUGCAUAGACGCGGCCGCCUUCGAGUUCAAUACCGAUGUCCAGAAGAUGUUGAUACGCGCAGCUCAGUUCGGGAAAGGAUUUAUUAUGGACCCGAUAUUGACCGAUCAUUAUGUGAAGACCUGCAGGUGGCUGCGAGUGCUGAAUGCUGUACGCGACCCUAGAGUGGCCAUUCCUUUGACGUUCUUACAAGUUCAAAAUCUAGGUGAGAGGAUAUUGUUAGACAGACUGAUAUGGCGUCGCCUUCACUGCCUCGCGGGCCACAUCGCGUCCUAUUUACAACUCAAAGAUGGUCAAACACGAGUUCUAUCACACUGGGCAUGUUACAAGGUAACACAGCCGCACCUGGACAACGAGAGUGCAGCUCGAGAAAUAGGUGAAAAGCUAAGGAACAUCCCCGGCAUCUCUUAUUCAACGAUUGCUAUGAAAGCCGCUGAAAAAGGCAGAAAGGCAUUGGCUAUUAAAAUAUUAGAAUACGAAACUCAAAGCAAAUUACAAGUUCCUCUUUUACUGGCCCUCGGCGAGGGCCCGACCGCGCUCCUGAAGGCAACGGCAAGUGGUGAUACCGACCUAGUAUACACUGUGUUGUUGCACUUGAAAGAGAAAAUGGGGAAACAUGAGUUCGAGCUGUGUAUACGCAGCUUCCCGCUGGCGCACUCUCUGUACAUAAAGUACUGCGCGACGCACAACCGCGAGGCGCUGCGCAAGGUGUACGUGCAGGAGGACGAGUUCGGCGGGCAGGCGGCCACGCACGUGCGCGACGCCAUGGACCACGCCAACCCCGGCAGCGUCGAGGCCUCCCUCAUAUCUGCCAGGGAGUGCUACAAGAAGGGCAAGAACGAUUUGGGUGUAUCAAUUUGUGAAGAAGCUCGCAAGCUUUGCAAGCAACAGUCGAGCCUUCAAGAAACAUACGGCGAAAGCUUCGUCGGUCUCUCCCUACAUGAUACCGUGAAGAAACUUCUAGAACUAGGAGAAGUGAAACUGGCCGAUAAACUACGAUCUGAAUACAAAAUUCCGGACAGAAGAUACUGGUGGCUUAGAAUACUCACGUUAGCUGAAAAGAAAGAUUGGGAUGAACUAGAACGGUUUUCAAAAUCAAAGAAAUCUCCCGUCGGUUACGAGCCCUUCGUAGACGCUUGUCUAAAGUAUGGAAAACAAGAUGAAGCGUUGAAGUACCUGCCCAAAUGCAGAGACGAUAUAAAAGUCAAAUAUUACGUUAAAGCCGAAUUCUAUGAAGAAGCAGCUCAAGUAGCAUUUGAACAAAAAGACGAGAGUGCAUUAUUUUUUGUACAAAAUAAAUGUCCCACGCGAGAGUCCAACAAACAUGCAAAAAUUAUGGCUCUAUUGGAACAGUUAACCAAUAAGAAA